GACACUGAAUUGCUUCUUACGGCAGAACAUGGCGCUGUCCUGAUAAUGUCGGUGAACUGAAGACUGGUUUUCCUCUCUUUUCGUCCUCACAGUUGCGUAUAUCCGCGCGGUGCGGCAGCAGAGCUCCCCGCUGUGCUCGGCCAGAGGUAGAGAGGAGCAAGUGCGGCUUUAUGUGGUGACAUGGCGGCGCAGGGAGGCACGCUGUUCCAGGAGAAGGUCAGCAGGCUGCUCAGUAGGCAGAACGGAAAACCAGUACUCAAACCCAACAAGACUCUGGCUUUAAAAGAUGCUGUAGCCAACCGCAAACUGAAGAAAGGAGAGGCCACCUGUGUCACAGAGAUGUCAGUCAUGAUGGCCUGUUGGAAGCAGAACAACUUUGUGGAUGGUCUGUGCUCCAAUGAGAUGAACGCCUUCUACACUUGUGUUGCGAAGGCUCAGGCUGCUAUGAAGAAUAAAUCUGAACAGACCAACAUCCAGGGAGGACGCCUACACCCCAAACAAGCCACAACCCUGCUGAAGAGAUUUCCCAACCUGCGCACUGAGAUCUAAGAAACCAACUUUUUAAUGCAGAGGUUAUACAGACUUGAAAUGUGCAGGUUAAAAAGAGGCCAUGGGACUGGGUCUUGGUCUGGGUUUCAUCAUGUUAGGUGUUCAGACUCAACUACUGUAUGAUUAAAAAUAAGAUGCCAUGCACAUUUAUGAAAUUAAUAAAGCAAGGAGCAGAGCACUGAAAUGGACGAUUUUGACACAAACUCCUUCAAUAUGUGACAUCAGGUUUCCAAAGGUUAUUCAAUCAUUUCAUAUUGAUGACUAAUAUUCUGUAACGGUACAGCCUUCUUAUUCACAGCACGCUGCGUUGUACGGUUUGAAAUAUAACAUGACUUUCUCCUCACGUCCUGAUUUGGCUCUGAUGAAGAUGAUGCCAUUUUGUCUCAAUCCAAUUUAGCAGAGUGGUCUCAUUCAGAGCAGAGAUGUUAUUAGUGGAAGUAAUGGAAUUAUUCCACUUGGGUUUCAUGGCUCCUGGACCUGAGCUUAUUUUAUGCUUUGCCAUUCCUGUGGAAGUUUAGAUUGGUGGUUAACAGAUGUUGAUCAGGCAGAUAGGGUUACAUAGAUUACCGGUAAGCAAAGCUCAGUGUGGCUGAUAUGGAUAUUCCUGAACCUUCUGACUUUGUCCCUGUUCCAUUCUACUCACUAAUCAAAGCAGGUUUAGGGUCAGUAUUGUGUUCAUGCUGUAAAGUGACAACAUUUGGUAUCCUCAAAGUUAGUAUGAGUACUAUAGAACUGCGGAUUGUUGAGUGUGCUGAUGUACACUAUUCUCCCACAAUGCAAUCUAGAAAGGAAACAGGAGCUGCUGUGGGGUGAGGGGGGGGGGGGACUAAAUAAUCGUUGGUCGUGGUGAAACAGCUCCAGAAAGAUCUUAAUCUAUGGAAAAAAACAUUUACUUUUCUUUUUGGGAAAACCGAGGAAUUCUUUGACAAUAAAAUGGUACGAACUGAAUACUGUAAGCAUGUAGUGUGGAAUUGGGACACGACACUUUCUGUCGAUGUAUUUAACCAGUUCUAAAUCAGACAAUUCUAUUUGAAUAUAUGGUUCGAUUCAUGGAUACAUAAUUAUUCAUGUGUGGCAUGCAUUUAACAUUAAGCAUAAUGUUAACAGCAUAAAUCUGACUGGGUCCAGCCAUGCUUGCGCCAGUUCACAAGCUGAUAAUAUUUUUGACAAAGGUAUGUUUUGUUGUUUAAAAAGUCCACUAGUGUUCCAUUAUUUUUCUGAUGGGUUGGAAGCUCCAACGUCUGAGGCUUGACAGAUGACAAAGAGCAGCCUUUUCAAUGCAAGAAGGUUAUAUAUUUCACGUUAUAACACAAGCACCAUGUUUGUUUCCGGUUUGAAUAAAGAACUGUUGAAUGUACAUGUAGUGUAUAGGCUGGAACUGUCAUCAACAAAGGUAUGGUCUUUAACGGGGUACUCCACUGAUGUUGGAUUGCACUUCAAUGUAGUGCAGGGGACUCACAAGAGACAGAUUAAAGUCAAAAUCAGUGCAAUGUGUCCGAGAUAUCUGACUUUUGGUCCUUAGUAUUGGUUAAAUUUCCUACAAUGCAACUCAGCAUCUUGCUUUGGACUCCCUGCCCAGUAAAUUCUCAUACAUUUCAAACUACACAAAAUUCGUACAUACAGUUGGAGGAACAUGAAUACUCCUUCCAGUAGUGGGAUUGGGACAGUUAACCCCUGUUGCCCCUCCUAAACCAGCUUUCCUUUGACAUCCCAGCUGAAUAGAUUAGGUCUGUUCCCAUGUGUGAUCAGUCAGGGGGCUUUUCAUUCACAAAAAAUCGAUUUCAGACAAAAGUUAAUCCAAGAAUGGAUAUGCUUUUAGGAAAACACUGGGAGACUGAGCACUCACAACGUUGCUUCUUACAUUUUUCUUUGUAAUAAAUCAGUGGCUGAUAUGUGAUUUUGGGAACAACAGCAAUAAAGACAUGUACAUUUCCA